AUGUAUAGCUUGAUCGCUGAUAUAAUUGGAGCUAAUGCUUUAAAUACGCUUUUGCCAAUUUAUUUCAUUGUCUAUGGAAUUCAAUUAUUUUCUUUUUCUAUAGCAGCACCUUUACGAACGGAGAAGUUUUAUGAUCUUUCAGGAUGUUUAACGUUUACAAUAUGUGGAAUUUUUUCAUUAUUAAAACCUUGGGAAACAACCUUCCCUGAUUCAUUAACAUCUUUAUUAGAAAUGUAUCAUAUUCGCCAACUGAUAGCCACAUCAAUGAUGACAAUUUGGUCGAUUAGAUUGGCAAUCUUUUUAUUUUAUAGAGUUAUGAAAGCAGGAAAUGAUUCAAGAUUUAGUAAAGUUAAAAUUAAUCCCAGAAUAUUUUUGGUUUUUUGGAUUGGACAGGCAGCUUGGAUAUUUACUACAGGACUGGAUUAUAUAGGGAUAAUAAUGUGGGUGAUUGGUAUAACUUUUGAAAUUAUUGCAGAUUAUCAAAAAUUUAGUUUUAGAAGUGUGCCAGAAAAUAAAGAGAAAUUCAUUCAACAUGGAUUAUGGAAGUAUUGGUUUGGAGUUACCAUUCUUUGUACCCCCACUCUUAUAUAUGUGUCUAAUAUUCAACCUGAAUUAAUUAAACCAUAUUUUGCAUAUUUUAUCUGGGCAACACCAUUAUUUCCAGCUUAUUUAAUUACAAAGGUAUCAGGUAUUCCACCUUUAGAAAGAGGUAAUGACAAGAAAUUUGGAAAUAUAAAAGCAUAUAAAAG